GCAAAGUCUCUGGUAGCCUGUCGUGUAAUAUAUUUCCUAAGGGCGAAUUUACCCACUAACAAUUACACUUGCGUUUAGAGAGGACUGGUUGCCCGUCCCAUCUUUAUACUCGAACUGAUUCAAAAGAGGGGCGUGGAUUUGGAUUUUUACCUGCACCUUGUGUACCUGAAGCUACAUGGAAAGAAUUUCAGAUCGUCAAAGCAUAGGAACUAGUAACCUCCUGUAGGUGACAGGAACAUAAUCUGCCGGCAUUCCAGAGAAUGAGCGAGAGAGAACGCGAGUGAGAGAGAGCCAGCAUUAUCAUGCGAGACUGCCUUACCUGGGGCGCAGGAGCAAGUGAAAACACAUUACUUUGCGCCACUUUGAAAGAAACGGUCGAGAUAAAAGAAUGCAGCAGUAGAAUAUAUCCUAUCUUUUGCCUUUCAUUCUCGAAAGUUAAGCUCGACUUAGAAUUCUAUAUUCCACCUGCUGUCUCCUUACUAUGGAUUUCAAAGUAACGACGAUUUUAAAGGAUUGCAGAGUCACUUCAACUCGAAACAGAAAUGAUUGCUGUACCUGGAAAGGUUGAACAGCGCUGCCAAUGAGCGCGCAAACGUUACCGUGACAAUGCACAGACCCCCCCGACACUGGAUUUUCAACGUGUUCUUAUGCUUUGGCAUCAUCUACUUGAGGCUCGGGGCCCUUUCCUCUGUGGUGGCUUUGGGUGCCAAUAUCAUCUGCAAUAAGAUUCCUGGGCUGGCCCCCCGCCAGAGGGCCAUCUGUCAGAGCCGCCCAGACGCCAUUAUCGUCAUAGGGGAGGGCGCACAGCUGGGCAUCAAUGAGUGUCAGUACCAGUUCCGCUACGGCCGCUGGAACUGCUCAGCUCUGGGGGAGCGGACCGUCUUUGGGCAGGAGCUUCGAGUAGGCAGCAGGGAGGCGGCGUUCACCUAUGCCAUCACAGCGGCAGGCGUGGCCCACGCCAUCACGGCGGCCUGCAGCCAGGGCAACCUGAGCCACUGCGGCUGCGACCGGGAGAAGCAGGGCUACUACAACCAGGAGGAGGGCUGGAAGUGGGGCGGCUGCUCGGCCGACAUCAAGUACGGCAUCGACUUCUCCCGCCGCUUCGUGGACGCCCGCGAGAUUAAAAAAAACGCCCGGAGGCUGAUGAACCUGCACAAUAACGAGGCGGGAAGGAAGGUUCUGGAGGAGCGGAUGAAGCUGGAGUGUAAGUGCCACGGAGUGUCGGGCUCAUGCACCACCAAGACCUGCUGGACCACGCUGCCCAAGUUCCGCGAGAUCGGCUACAUCCUGAAGGACAAGUACAACAAAGCGGUCCACGUGGAGGUGGUCCGUGCCAGCCGGCUGCGACAGCCCACCUUCCUCAAGGUGAAGAAGUCCCAGAGCUACCGCAAGCCCAUCGAGACCGACCUGGUCUACAUCGAGCGCUCGCCCAACUACUGCGAGAAGGACGCCAAGACGGGCAGCGUGGGCACCCAGGGGCGCCUGUGCAACCGCACCUCGCCGCACACGGACGGCUGUGACCUCAUGUGCUGCGGCCGAGGGUACAACACGCACCAGUACACCAAAGUGUGGCAGUGCAACUGCAAGUUCCAGUGGUGCUGCUUUGUCAAGUGCAACACGUGCAGUGAGAGGACGGAGGUGUUCACCUGUAAAUAAGGGACAGGGGGAGACGCAGCUCACACGGAGGGAGAAGGGGGGGAAGAUUGGACAGACAGCUUAGGGGAAACCCAGAAUGAGAGAAAGCGAGAGGGAGUGGGUGUGAAAGAGGAGAGAGAGAGAGAGAGAGCAAGAAAGAAUGAAAGAGUGAGAGAUGGUUUUGGACCAGUGGAGUGGGAAUAGAAUGGAAAUUACAAUAUCAGCUCUUCAUGGCAUCAUUUUGCACAGCAGAAUCUAUAUUUGCUUUAACACAAAGUAAAGGCUAAAUAUCACUAGGUACAACCCCAGCUCUUGAUUGAGUUAAGAAUAUUGGGUGCUCAUGCACUGAUGUAUCCACACUGACUGGAAGUUCUGACUGCAGGAUACAAAUCAUGCCCUGGCUGGGGACUGUGCAUUGCACUCUGGGAUUUGUAGUUCUUUAUUCCAAGGGAUGCAUACUGAGAACAAGACCGAGUGACUCGUGGGACGUGGAAAGUGACGGGAAUUGCUCUGAGCAAAAAAGGGUUUCAAAUGUUCUGUUCACAGCUUUUGAGUCUCAAACUCUUGGGUUUCAAGAAAGGGGACAGCAGAGAUGAAAGUACGAUGGCAAAAAAACUGGCAACUUGACUGUGCCAAAAUGAAGAACGCUUUGGUAGUGCAGUGUCCACGGGAGCACUGGAAGCUGAAAUGGGGAGGUUUCUACCGUAAGCCUUCUACUGCCAACUGGAAAAUGGUGGAGUAUGUUAGUCGUCCAGUCACACUGGAACUGUCUGUUUGAACACUGAAAAUAAAUUGUUUAUUUAUGUAAUAGUAUCUUAAAACAAAGCACUAACGGGUAGAAAUGUCUUAUUUUGUACUAAGUGUAAAAGAGAGAAAAAAACGUUUUUAGAAACUC